AGAUUUGCGUCUUUUGUCAAAAUGAACAACUGUAAUCUAAUAAUCCACAUAAUAAUCAACAGAAGGUAAAAUUAAGUAUUGAUUUUUUCGGUUAAAAAUCACAUCUCUGUUCGGUUCUUACUUGUGUUCUUUAAAUGAAAGAUAUUUUGUUAGCUAUAAAUAAUAAUUUAAUUUUCUAUUUAUCGCCACCAGAGGUCGCCCUUGAACAAUGCUUAAAUCUGGCUUCUUCAUACGCCUGAUAAUAAAGACUUAAAAGCUUAAAAACUUAAUUCUUUAGAUGUUAUUCAGUUUUGCUUGCUGGAAAACCCACUAAAUUUAUGCAGCAACAUCUCUACAGAUUUUCCUUGAGGUUCUGUGAGUCUGUUCACCCACAAGGAACAUACAACAUGGCACAUGUUUGGGAUUAUGCAGCCCUACAAAAACAAAAGGUAAACAUGUCUGUCAUUGAAAGUAUUAGAGUGUAAAACAAUUUCACCACAAGGAAACAACACAAUGGUAUGAUUCUGCAGUGGUGUGUAGUAUCAUCCCAACAGUAUCUGGAAAGAUCUGAGUUGAGCUGUUGUGGCUGCUGUGGGUGUGUGAAGAUGACGCCUAAAAAAACGCAACAUGUGCGUUUUGUAAAUUCCGGUGUGGUUUUGCAAAGAAACGACGUGACACACAGUCAGAGAGGAAGAGACAACGAGGUGGAGGGAGGGGAAGGGCCUCAGAAAUGUCAAACUGCUCCACUUGACGCAAGAUGGAUUCUCUGUUUGAUUCAUUACAUACUUAGUGUUGAUAAUAGUUUUUUAAUUAGCUGUCUGCGGCAGUAUUUCACUGCUCUUGUGGCACAACAAUGGACUCUAACAUUAUGGAGAUAAUAGAGGAAUUCAUGGAAAGUGCGUUGGUGCAAUGGGUUGAGCUGUUUGAAAAUAUGGUGGAGAGGGAGGACACCAUCCCACGCUACAGCCAAUACAUGGAAGUAAACUCAAUCUCCCAGAGUGCUCGAGACCGGUACCUGAGGCUUACCAAUGGGAUUUUCCUCAAUGAGGUCAUGAGGGUCAUAGACCCCAACCCCAAAGUGGAGCAGCUGUACGACAGUGGAAGAGGAGAUGACCACAUGCUGAGAGUCCAGAAUUUUUCCAUUUUAAAUCGACACCUCAGAGCCUUUUACCAGGAAGAUCUGCAACAGUUGAUACUGAUGGCUCUCCCAAAUGUUGCCAUUCUGGGGCAGGACCCCCUAACAGAGGCAGCAGUGGAAGAGCUCAGACGACUGCUGCUGCUCUUAUUAGGAUGUGCUGUGCAGUGUGAAAAUAAGGAAACAUUCAUUCAGCAGAUCCAGUCUCUGGACAUUCAGACCCAGGCUGCUAUCGCAAACUGUAUUCAGCAGGUGACUCAGGAUCCACGGAUGGUGCUGCCACUUCGAUGGGAGGAGCUGAUGGAGGUGGAAGGUUCGGACUCAGAGCUGCUGUUUACCUCCAUGACCAAACAGAUCCAAAACCUGCUGGCCCAGAGAGACACACACUUGGAGAGGAUAGUCGAGCUUUGUCGUGAGCGGGAGGCCCAGGCUGACUCAACCCCGGUGCCCCUGGGUGGUCACAGCGAGGAGCCACCCCAAAGUCUGGCGCUCCAGCUGGCGGACAGCAAGGCUAAACUCCGCCGCCUCAAACAACAACUUGAAGAUAAAGGUGAUCAGAUAUUGGAUUAUAAACAGGAGAUUCAAACCAUGGAGGAACAACUAAAAAAACUUCAGAAAGAGAACCGCUCUCUGCAGGGCGAGGUGAGGGGCAUGCGUGCACUGCGGGAUGAGCUGGACUGUGCCCGGGAGCGAGCGGCUCGGGCCGAGCAGCUCCAGACGGAGCUUCAGAGCUGUAAACACAGAUUACGCAGCCUGGAACUGACACGCACUCAGCUGAAGGAGCAGCAGCAGCUGUGUGUAGCGCUGCAGGAGACCAAAGCUCUUCUAGAAGAACAACUGGUGGAUGCACGGUCACGCUGCUCCUCGCUAAGGGAGCUGGAGAGGGACAACCUUCUGCUACGUCAGAAAAUCAUAGAUGUGGAAGUGGAGCGGGACACCGAGAGGCAGCGAGUUGAUGAGCUGCUGGAAAUGAACAUGAGCCUCGAGGCGGACCUAAGGCACUGCAGCAACAGUGACAGCAGCUCUGCUCCGGUCGCUGUGGUUCACCACCGUUUCCUCCAAUCAGAACUGGACUCUGAUGAGGAGCUGAGCGAGCUGAUUGAUCAGAAGCCGCUGAGCGUGGAAGUGGGCGAGGCUUCGACGCUGAGGCUGCUGGGAGCCGAGCAGGAAAACGCAGAGCUGAGGAGACGAUUGGAGGAGUUACAAGCCCAGCAGGAGGCUGAGUUGCCAGAUGCAAAGGAUGAGCUGGCUUGCCUGGAGAUGAAGCAUCAGAGCACACUAAGGGAGUUCCAAAACCUGAAGAAUGAAAAUGCCACUUUGAAGCAGCGUCUGGAACAGUUAAUGACCAAUCUGCAAUACAUGGAGGACAAGAAGAAAGACGAGGAAGGGAAGAAACCAUACAGAAAUGAAGAAAAGGAUGAGAGAGGCAUUCAGGGUUCUGAAUUGUGCAGAGAGGAUGGUGAAGGAAGGGUGAAGAUGAUGGAGGAGAGGGAGAGAAGAAGAGGACAAAUCAUUGGCAGCCAGAGAGAAGCUGGGGUUGGCGAAGAAGUUCUGGAUGUUCAAGGGGGAAAAGCAGAACCAUGUGAUGAUGAGAUCCAGUCCAAAAAGAGGGGGGAGGCAGAAGGAGGCCACAAAGACAAGGAGAAAGAGGAGAAGGAGCAUAAGGCAGAGCAGACUGCAGCAUUGAGCUCCCAAACUCCAAGUGUAGAAAAUGACAUCCAGAGAAGCAUAGAGGUUAAUGCAGAGGGCACGUCUGCAGAUCAGGCUGCGUGUUCCCUCUCAGGCCAUGACGUGGAACAUCUGACACAUCAGCUCCAGGAGGCGCAGGACGAGACCGACAGGCAGGCGUUGGUGGCCCAGGACCUGCGAUCCAAACUGGGUGAACAGAGCAGAAAGACCUGGGAGGCAGAGCAGAGGCUGGUGCUUCUGGAGGCCGAGCUGCAGCGGCUGAGGAAGGCUGCAGAGAGUCUGGGAGAGGCCCGGAGACAGAUAGAGGUCCUUCAGUCAGAGGGUCUGGUCAUGGAGGAGGAGUUGUGUCGUUUGCGGAGCCAAGCUGAGCUUCACAGAAUGCAGACAACGGUCAUCGCCACCCUGGAGGGAGAGAAAGCCGCACUGGAGAGAGACAGGGACACACUACGCAGCAGUGUGGAUGCCCUGCGCACCGCCCAGCGCAAGGGUGACCAGUUAGAGCUGACCACUCAGACUCUCAGGGCAGAGCUGGAGCGUCAGGGCCGGAGCUUGGAGACCUCUCGCCGUCGGGAGGUGGAGCUGGAGGCAGAGCUCCGCGAGGCCACGCUGGAGGCUGAAUCUGCAGUCAGGGCUCGGGACCAGGCACUGCUGGAGGCCUCGCGCUUGGAGCAAGAGAAGGAAGUGUGUCAGACAGAGCUCGACAGCCAACGGAAGGAGGGGAGGCAGAGGGAGAGGGAGUCAGGGAGACUGAGGCAGCAGCUGGAGAGCACAACCCUGGCCCUAGAGCACAGCAACCAGAGAGCCCGGGCUCUGGACGCUGAACACAGACGUGUGUGUCAGCAGCUGUCUGAAUCCAAGGAGCUCUGCACUCGGCUGCAGGACCUGGAGAAAGAGCUCAACACUCGAUUAACCAGCAUGGAGGAGGGUAAACAGCAGCUGCAGGAACAGUAUGCAGAAGCACAGGCCAAGAUUAGUUCACUGUCCCAGGAGCUGUCCAAAGAGCAGGAGAGUUCUCAGGCUUUAUCCGCUGAAGUUGAACGUCUGAGGCAGAGACUACAAAAGGCUGAGACCGAACUGCAGAUGGCAACUGAUUCUCUCAACCAAUCACAGCAAAGAAUAGAGUCACUGUCUUAUAACCUGAAGCAAAGUGAAAAUCUUCUUCAGCUGGAAAAGAGAAGAGGAAGUGCAGAAGUGGAUGCUGCGACUAAUUCUAAUUCAGACUCAGACAAAACACACAUUUGUCAGACAGAGACUCAGGAGAUGUCACCUGGGGAUGAAACUCUUUCACCUGGCAAAGGUCAUGACCAUGAUUAUACCACAGGAGAGACAGAGAGGCAGCUGACUGAGAGACUGGUAGAACUAGAGAAGGAGAAAGCGCUGGCAGUUGCCGGACAGGAGGCUUUGCUGUCACGUCUGUCCCAGUCCCAGGAGGCGUGUGAGCACCUUAAGGAGCAGCUGGAGGCUCUGCAGAGGCACUCGCUCAGCCUACAGGACUCCUGCACCAGAUUACAGACACUCAACACCCAGCUACAGGUGGAGCAAGCAACGCUGAACUCCCAGCAUGCAGCGGCGCUGGCGCGAUGCAGUGAGAGCAAGGCUCAGUGUGCGACCCUGGAGGCUGAGUCUAAGGUGUGGGCACGGGAACGGGAGGAGUCCGUGGUCCGGAUGGAGGCCCUGAGGCGGGACCAUGAACGAAUGACAGCUCUGCAGCAGCGGCAGGAGGUGGAGCUGGAGGAGCUGCUGGAGAAACACUCGCAACUCAGGAGCAACUACCGCAGCCUGGAGGCCCAGCACAGAGAGUUAGAGGGAAGGUACAAGGAGCUGCUGGCCGGUAAAAGCCAGCUGGAGGAGAGAGAACAGGAGAUGAAGAUGGAGCGAGAGGAAAUGGAGGCAGAAGCCCAGAGGAGGCUGGAGAGGGAACGAGAACUGGAGAGGCUGAAAGAAGACAAUGAGAGGCUGCAGGCCCAGCAGAAGGAGUGGUUGGCGUCGCAGGCGGAGCUGCUGGCUCAGGGCUCGGUGCUGAGGGGGGAGCUGAGCGCCUCCCAGCUGGAAAAGACUCGACUGGAGGGGGAGCUGAGCACCCUGAGGGAAACCAACCAAAGCCUGGACCUCAGCAAUGCCCGCCUCACCAGCCAGUACCAGCUGUUGACCCAGCUGAAGGGGAACAUGGAGGAGGAGAACCGACAGUUAGCAGAGCAAACCCAGAGUCUGCUGAAGGAGAACCGGGCUUUACUGGAGCAGAGUCUGGAGCGGCGAGAUCAGCACUACACACAGCAGAGGGAGUACCAAGAGAAGCUGAGUGAGCUCCGCCGGGAGAAGCAGAAGUUGGUUGAGAAGAUUAUGGAUCAGUAUAGAGUCCUUGAGCCCAGCAUGCAACCUCCACCCAGCAAGGCCAAGAAAUCUAACUGGAUUGCAGACAGGAUGAAGAAGCUAAUCAAACCACGGGGAGGAGGAAGAGAGGGACGCGCCCUCUUCACCGCCGCAGGCAGUGUGGAGAACCUGGCCGACAGCACUGAAUUUACAUCAGACACACACACACCUCAGCUGGUUUCAGACCCCCGCAGUGCACCAGUGUCUCCCUCCACAUCAAGAAAAUCUCAAACAGAGCCAGAUAUUUCAGUUCCUGGGACCCCAGCGACGCGUUCCGGCUCUGGGGGCCGCCGUAAACUGGGGUCUCGUCACGGCUGGGGUCUUGGUCUGGCCAGGGGAGGUUCUGGAGUUUCCCAGUCUUUCAGCCCUGGUGACCAUAAAACCCCUCCCCGGCUGCGGCUGCGCUCCUCCCAGCAACCUGGCUCUGUCCUCUGGGAGGGGGAGAAGAGCGAAACAAGUGCUCCCCCGGCAGCAGCCGCACCAGUUAUGGGCCCAGACGAUGUAGAGGACGAUGAGGGCAGAAGUCAGGAGGAGAAAGUGGAAUGAAGAAGAUAUUUGGCAUGUCUUUGCACUUCAGAAAAGUCUAUCCUCACAAAUCCAGAAAAAAUAUGUUUGUUUUGUUUUUUAAGAUAUUAAUAAAUUGAAAUUGUAAUUGA